CAGCGGGAGGGUAUAAAAGGCGAGCGUCGGCGCGGCUUCGGAGCGCUCUCUUGGUUUCUUCUUCUUCGGGAGGACUUUGCUAGGAGCCGAGAAUGGACAUCGCCAUCAGCCACCCUUGGAUCCGCCGCGCCAUGGGCUUCCCUUCCAUGAUGCCUUCGCUCUUCCCGCAGAGGCUCUUCGACCAGCGCUUCGGGGAAGGCCUCCUGGAGAGCGAGCUCUUCUCCCCGACCCUCUCGCCUUACUACAUGCGCGUGCCCAGCGUCCACGUCCCGGAGACCGGACUCUCCGAGAUGAAGAUGGACAAAGACAAGUUCUCAGUGUUGCUGGAUGUGAAGCAUUUCUCCCCGGAGGAAUUGAAUGUGAAGGUGGUGGGUGACUACAUUGAGGUCCAUGCCAAGCACGAGGAACGUCCGGAUGAGCAUGGUUACAUCUCCCGGGAGUUUCACCGCCGCUACAUGAUCCCCAAAGGGGUGGAUCCGGCGGCCAUCACCUCGGCCCUCUCUCCGGACGGUGUGCUGUCCAUCACAGCACCCACUGCCCAAGCAGCCGGUGCCCAGGAGCGGAGCAUCCCCAUCACCCGCCAGGAGAAGCCUGCCGUUACUGGGAAGUAAUGGCCCUGUGAUUCUUUGCAGUGGCUGAGGCCUAGUUUCCCCUCGCUUGUAGCUUCAAGGGCUGCUCAUCUGGAGCUUUGGAAUAAACGACAUUUCUGAUUCCCCCAAACCUCCUUCUGGAAGUAGUCUGACAACAGAGACUUUUGCCUUUUGGGUGGUGACCUUUCGAUGCAAUUUUACAGCAUUUGCAUGGGAUCUUCCAGAAAUAAAUACUGGGCCGCCUCUUUCGACUUACCAGUAUCCUUCUGUUGUGGGUUUAGUGCUACUGUUGUGGGUUCAGUGCUACUGUUCACUUGCUUUGUAUGAAUUCAGAAACUUAGUUACAUGUAUUAGCAUAAACAAAAUGUCAUCUGAGGGUUAUUUGCUAAUAAACCUGAAGUUACAACCUU